GGUAAUUGCAUGUUUAAUUUUUUUAAUGUGCAUUAUUUUGUUGCUUUCUUAUGUUUGAAUUCUUAUUUCAUUUACCAUCAUUUUCCUAGCUGAUUGGUGGGAUCAAUAUGGUGGAGACUGUAGUGAACUACAAGAGGUUGCAAGACGUAUUGUCUCACAAUGCAUGUCCUCUAGUGGGUGUGAGCGAAAUUGGAGCACAUUUGCCUUGGUGCACACCAAAUUGAGGAACCGGUUAAGUUACGAUAAGCUUCACAAGUUGGUUUUUGUACAUUAUAAUUUGAAAUUGCGUAUCCAACAUUUCGUAACUGACAUGCAAAACCUUCAAGAAAUGCAAACCAACAAGGAGCAUGAAAGAGAUUCUGAUCCAUGUAGCAUCCUAAUAGAUGUGACUAUGUAUGAUGAAAGGAACCCGAUCAUGGAUUGGUUGUGCACCUCUAGGAGUGAGUCCGCGCCGACUCUAGAUGAACGUGAUGACCAGAGGCCCGAAUCCCCUAAUCCUAGCAGACUUGUUAUAGAUGAGUUAGGGAUGAGUGAUGAAGAGGUGGCUGCAUUUAAAAAGAAGAUUGGUGGGAAACGGGGUAAGAAAAGGAAGGAAGAAUUUGAAGAUAUUUUCUCUGAUUAUGAAUCAGAAUCGGAUCAGCAAGGUAGCCCUGUUUAUGCUGAGUCUGGGGAGAGUAGUUCUGAUGACAGUGAAGGCAAUGGUGAUGGUGAUGUUGUUCAUGCUUCCAGUGAUGCAAAUGAACUUGGAGAGGGAGGCUCGACAACUCAGGAAGGAGCUGGUAAGGAUAAGGGAAUCCCUCUCCGUCCGAGCUCGAAAAGGAUGAAGAAACGUUCUGUCAAGACCUUGUACUGAAGCCUGAAAGUCAGAUUCGAGGGUUCAUGCAAAAUGAAUUGCUAUUUGCCUGGGUUUGAGCUUGUCUUUUCGUGUGCUUCUAAUAUUUAGGACCAUGGACUAUUCUAUGUAGUAAUUGUUAGUACUUGAAAUUGGAACUAUGGAUGGAGACUGUAAUAUUUGGGAUUGAGCAUCUUCAUGUGCAAUAUUUGAAACUCCAUGUUGAACAGACUA